AAAUCAUCAGAUACUUAAGAUUGUAAUAAUUGCCGUUUAUGUAUUAAGAUGUAAAAAUGAUCUUGGACUUGUAUUACCGGCUCUCUUUAAAGAUUCUCUUCCUAGGGAUAGCCAUUGUCAUUUCAUGGCCAUAGCUAUUUCAAACGCCAUCCAACUCCCGGUUGAUCUAAAAAAUCUGCCUCGUAGCAAGCCAGAAAAGCAUGUGACUGUUCAGCGUACCAGUGAUGGAGAUGAUUUCAAAGCUGGAGUAUAUGGCGCACUUGCUAGAAAAAUUCGUGCAUCUACGAUGUUUGAGUUGUCCAUUGGUGAUAACAACAAUUGGAGUAAAUGGGUUCAAGCCCAAGUUUUAUUCUGGGAAAGUCGUUCCGGAAAUAAGUGGAAUGUGUUCUUGAUGGCAAUGAUACACGGAUCAAGCUGGGAAACUCAUUAA